AUGCCUACCGAAUUUAUUAGUCUUACCUUCCCCAAUGCUUCAACGGAGCUGAAGCCAAUCCCCGAUGCGGUGAUUGAUCCGGCAUACUUGGCUCGGUACGCCCGUUCCUUGGAUGACUAUGACUUCAACUACACCUUGGUCCCCUACGAUUCGUCCUACUUUGACCCUUGGACUAUCGCCGCCACUAUCGCUGCCCACACCAAGAACCUCAAGGUGAUUGUCGCACUUCGUCCCAAUACCCUCUAUCCAACAGUCGCAGCCAAGGCUCUUGCCACACUAGACCAGCUCAGCUCCGGCCGGGCAGUCGUCCACUUCAUCGCCGGUGGCAGUGACGCCGAGCAAGCCAAGGAAGGUGACUUCCUCAAUAAGGAACAGCGUUACGCGCGUCUCGAGGAGUACAUCCGCAUUCUACGCCGCGCAUGGGAAUCCGCUGAUCCCUUCGACUGGGAUGGCGAGUACUACCAGUUCAAGCAGUUCAGCAAUAAGGUGCGGCCAGUCAACGGUACUAUCCCGGUCUCUGUUGGCGGCUCCUCCGAUGAGGCGUACCGCAUUGGUGGCUCCCUAGCCGAUAUCUUCGGGCUCUGGGGUGAACCUCUUAAGGAGACCAAGGAGCAGAUUGAUCGGAUCUAUGCCGAAUCUGAUAAGGCUGGUCGGCCUGUGAGCGAUCGACCACGCAUCUGGGUUACGUUCCGGCCUAUUGUUGCCGAGACUGAUGAGCUUGCUUGGGCCAAGGCACACAAGACGUUGGAUCUGUUAACGGCCAAUCGUGCGAAUGGACAAGGAAAGGCACCUGCCAAUGCCCCGCCUCCUCAAAAUGUGGGCUCGCAGCGAUUGCUUGAUAUUGCUGCUCGUGGAGAGGUUCAGGACCGGGCUCUCUGGUAUCCUACUGUGACUGCGACUAAUGCUCGCGGAGCUUCCACUGCUUUGGUCGGAUCUCAUCAGACUAUUAUCGACUCUAUUUUGGAUUACGUUGAUCUUGGUGCUGAACUGAUCUCUAUUCGCGGCUAUGACAACCUUAAUGAUGCUAUUGAUUAUGGACGUUAUGUGUUGCCCGGGGUACGGGGAGAGUUGCAGAAGCGGGAGAAUGGUUCUGCUUGA